CAAGAGGAGCUGUGCCUGGUACAUGGAAGCCAGCGCCAGCGGCCGCCAUGGCGUCGCGCAUCGGGCUGCGCAUGCAGCUCAUGCGGGAGCAGGCGCAGCAGGAGGAGCAGCGGGAGCGCAUGCAGCAGCAGGCCGUCAUGCACUACAUGCAGCAGCAGCAGCAGCAGCAGCUGGGGGGGCCACCCACCCCAGCCAUCAGCACCCCCGUCCACUUCCAGUCUCCACCCCCUGUGCCCGGGGAGGUGCUGAAGGUGCAGUCCUACCUGGAGAACCCCACCUCCUACCACCUGCAGCAGUCCCGGGACCAGAAGGUGCGGGAGUACCUGUCUGAGACCUACGGGAACAAGUUUAAUGCCCACGUCAGCCCCGCCCAGGGCUCCCCGAAGCCCCUGCCAGCCGCCUCCCCGGGGGUGCGGGCUGGCCAUGUGGUGUCCUCCUCAGCGGGCAAUAGUGCGCCCAACAGCCCCAUGGCCAUGCUGCACAUCGGCUCCAACCCUGAGAGGGAGUUUGACGUCAUCGACAACAUUAUGUGUCUGGACGACGUCCUGGGCUUCAUCAAUCCUGAGUCUCAGAUGCCCAACACGCUGCCGCUGUCCAGCAGCCACCUGAAUGUGUACAGUGGUGACCCUCAGGUCACAGCCUCCCUGGUGGGUGUCACCAGCAGCUCCUGCCCAGCUGACCUGACCCAGAAGCGUGAGCUUACAGAUGCUGAGAGCCGGGCCCUGGCCAAGGAGCGGCAGAAGAAGGACAAUCACAACCUAAUUGAAAGGAGACGGAGGUUCAACAUUAACGACCGCAUCAAGGAGUUGGGAAUGCUGAUCCCCAAGGCCAACGACCUGGACGUGCGCUGGAACAAGGGCACCAUCCUCAAGGCCUCUGUUGAUUACAUCCGGAGGAUGCAGAAGGACCUGCAGAAGUCCCGGGAGCUUGAGAACCACUCUCGGCGCCUAGAGAUGACCAAUAAGCAGCUAUGGCUGCGAAUCCAGGAGCUGGAGAUGCAGGCUCGAGUGCACGGCCUCCCCACCACCUCCCCGUCCGGCAUGAACAUGGCCGAGCUGGCCCAGCAGGUGGUAAAGCAGGAGCUGCCUAGCGAGGAGGGCCCGGGGGAGGCCCUGCUGAUGGGGGCCGAGCUCCCUGACCCGGAGUCACUGCCGGCUCUGCCACCCCAGGCCCCGCUGCCCCCGCAGGCCCAGCCACCCCAGCCACCGUCCCCAUUCCACCAUCUGGACUUAAGCCACAGCCUGAGCUUCGGGAGUGGGGGCGACGAAGGGCCCCCCGGCUACCCUGAGCCGAUGGGGCAAGAGCCCGGCUCCCUGUUCCCCAACCUGUCCAAGAAGGACCUGGACCUCAUGCUCCUGGACAACUCCCUGCUGCCGCUGGCCUCCGACCCCCUCUUCUCCACCAUGUCCCCCGAGGCCUCCAAGGCCAGCAGCCGCAGGAGCAGCUUCAGCAUGGAAGAGGGCGAUGUGCUGUGACCCUGGGACGGGCAGGCCUGGGGGCUGCGAGGGCAGGGCCGCCUCCCUCCCCCCUUCAGGCUGCACUUGUGUGUGAAGUAGCCACCUGCCCUGCCUCACUCCUCCCUUCGGCCCCUUGUUUGGACUUAGUGCCCGCUUGGCAGCCUGUGGGGUCGGGAGAAGCCCCGACCCGGCUCAGUACUCCCGGGGGCAGCCCUCUGAUGGGCUGGGCAGGAGGAGGUCGUGAACCUGGCCCCAGGGGGUGUGCUGGAGGUGAGAGGAGGCCCUGGAGGGUCCUGUCUUCUGAGCCCGAGCUCCCACCCCACCAGUGAAGGACUCAUUGGAGCAGGGGGUUCAGCAAGUUCCUUCUCUGAAGCGGUGACUGGUCCAGGGGGAGCCCCAGCCUGCUUUUCUGGGACUCAGAUGGCAACAAGCCCGUCCUCCAGCCUGGCCGCCCCCCUCACACAGGUGGGGCGCCCCCAGCCCCCCUUUGGUGCUAACAGCUCUCCGCCAGGCGGUGUGAGGGCGGGGGUGGCCGGCAGAGGGUGCCGGGUUCAGGCUAGUGUGGGGUCUCUGCUGGAAGAGCAGCUCCCCUCCAGUCUCCCCACUUUGUGCCUUUAGUAAACACUGUGCUUUGUAA